AUUCUCAGUGACACCCACUAUCUAUCACUAUCUGUCAUAUGAAUUCACAACACCCGUGUUCACCAGGGAACAACUCAAGAUGGGGGCCGAACAAAGUUACAUAGAACAUGGAAAACUUGGAGAAGGUCAGUUCGGUGUUGUGUACCAGGUGACGAUUGAUGGUCAACUAUAUGCCCUGAAGAAACUGAAGAAGACGCCCAACCUAUAUCAAACAGAUAUUAUGAGGGAAAUAAGAACACUACAAAUGUGCUCUGAUCAUGACAAUAUUGUGAAAUUGUUCGAUGUGCAGAUGUCUCAUGAUGAGGUCAAUAUUCUAAUGGAGUACUGUGACCUUGGAACGCUGAAUGACUAUAUGAUUGAAAACAGACUAGGGGAGGAAACUAUAUGUAAUUUCAUGCUUGACAUGGCUCGGGGUAUUCAGGGUCUCCAUGACAAAGAAAUCGUCCACAGAGAUAUCAAACCCGACAACAUUCUGCUAGUAGCACGAUUUCUUAGAGAUCCCAUCUGCAAGAUUGCGGAUUUGGGACUUGCUCGAUUCACCUUUCCUACAUCUGGUGACAUGGCAACAAUGUCCUCCACCUACUAUUUGAAUACAGGUGGUGGCAUCCCCCUCUUUAUGGCUCCUGAGGUUUACUCUGGUCACUAUACCAAAGCAUGUGAUAUUUUCUCUCUUGGGAUGGUCUUCUACGCCAUGCAUUCUCUACAAACCUUCAACUUCAGCACUCAUACUCUGCUGUGUCCAGUCAUCCCAUAUUCAAGUGAAGUGUUUCAUCAAGCAAGUCAAGAACAGAUCAAGAGGGCAGUCACGACGCAUGUGUCCACCAGACAGAACGCCGGCCUGCUGAAGUCUAUGCUGGCACUGAAUCCACAUGUCCGACCUGGAGCCGACGACGUAGAGUCUACUAUCAGUUCAUACAAAGCUACACGUGACUCAUGCAGCCUGGCUUAAUUUGUUUUGUUACUUCAUAACCACUUACUGGUAAACAAAGUUUGGAACUAGAUUGUCAGUGGCAUGAGGGUCUUGAGACUAAACCAGUAGUUUUGCCACUUCAUAAUGUUAAUUAGACAGUUCAUGUAAAACUACUUAUGCAGCUACACUUAAUUUGUUUUGUUACUUCAUAACUUGGUAAAUCACCACAUCCCUUUGAAUGUGUCAGUUAAAAUAAUAUGUUUAAAAAGUGUCCAUGUAUUUCCUACUCUGGUACUCAUAGUCACCAAACUUACUUGGGCUUUUAUAACACCCCAGCUACUUUCACUUUGAGUUCUGAAUUCAGUGUGAACUACUGAAGCUAUCACGUUUAUCACAGUUGAUAUAUGACCUUAAUAUGUUGAUCAAUUUACUUGGGUACCGUAUAUCGCUGUGUAUAAGGCGACCCCACGUAUA